AUGAAGAUGUCUAACGCUGACAUCGUCUUAAACGCCACCGAUCGGAUGGUGAAAUCUGUCCCCUUCCCCCUGAGCCACCGCCUUACGCUGAAGGAAGUGUUCGACUGCGAUGGGAAGCCUCGCGUGGACCUCCUGAAGGCCCACCUCACCAAGGAGGGCCGCGUAGAGGAAGCUGUGGCGCUUAAAAUCAUCAGCGAGGGAGCAGCUAUCCUGCGGCAGGAGAAGACCAUACUGGACAUCGAAGCACCAGUCACAGUGUGUGGUGACAUCCAUGGGCAAUUCUUUGAUCUUAUGAAGCUGUUUGAAGUGGGAGGAUCACCAGCCACAACACGGUACCUGUUCCUUGGGGACUACGUUGACCGUGGCUACUUCAGUAUAGAGUGUGUUUUAUACCUCUGGUCGCUGAAAAUCCUCUAUCCAAAGACACUAUUUUUACUUCGUGGAAAUCAUGAAUGUAGACAUUUGACAGAAUAUUUCACCUUCAAACAAGAAUGUAAAAUCAAGUACUCAGAGCAGGUGUAUGACUCAUGUAUGGAUGCAUUUGACUGCCUUCCCCUGGCUGCACUCAUGAACCAGCAGUUUCUGUGUGUCCACGGUGGACUCUCACCUGAAAUACACACCUUAGAUGACAUUAAGAAGUUGGAUCGGUUCAAGGAGCCGCCGGCUUUCGGGCCCAUGUGUGACCUGCUGUGGUCUGAUCCUCUGGAGGAUUUUGGCAACGAGAAAACCCAGGAAUAUUUCAGCCACAACACAGUGCGAGGCUGCUCCUACUUCUACAGUUACCCCGCUGUGUGUGAGUUCCUACAGAGCAAUAACCUAUUAUCAAUCAUCCGGGCACAUGAAGCACAAGAUGCAGGCUACCGGAUGUACCGUAAGAGUCAGACCACUGGAUUCCCGUCACUCAUUACCAUCUUCUCAGCACCAAACUACCUGGACGUUUACAACAACAAAGCUGCUGUACUCAAAUAUGAAAAUAAUGUCAUGAACAUCCGACAGUUCAACUGCUCGCCCCAUCCCUACUGGCUGCCCAACUUCAUGGAUGUCUUCACCUGGUCUCUGCCAUUUGUUGGGGAGAAAGUCACAGAAAUGCUGGUGAACGUGCUGAGCAUCUGCUCCGAUGAUGAACUCAUGAAUGACGAAGAUGAGAUCUUUGAUGCCAAUGCAGCUGCAGCACGCAAGGAGGUGAUCAAGAACAAGAUCCGUGCUAUUGGGAAAAUGGCCAAAAUGUUCUCAGUUCUCAGAGAGGAGAGUGAAAAUGUGUUGACGCUUAAGGGCCUGACGCCCACUGGCAUGCUGCCGAGCGGGGUUCUCUCCGGAGGCAGGCAGACACUGCAGAGUGCCACCAUUGAAGCCAUUGAAGCCAUCGAGCCGCAUGAUGAGGACAGAGAAGCCAUCCGUGGGUUCUCCCCCCAGCACAAGAUCACCAGCUUCGAGGAGGCUAAGGGCCUAGACCGCAUCAACGAGCGCAUGCCACCUCGCAAGGACGGGGUGAACCAUGUGGGUCACUCCAUGGGAAAGAUGAAUAUGUCAGAGGCAAACGGCACGGAUGACAACAGCAACAUCCAGUGA